AUAUUUGGAAUAACGUUAAAAAAUGUCGUUGUCAGCAAAUGAAAGGAAAAUGUUUUGGCAGGAUCACAAAUCCAGUUUGAAUAGGAUUCGCACCCAACUUUCUGAUCGAGAUUCACCUGUGAUCUCUCCAAGAAGGUCUCCUGCAAAUGGAUUAAAACGUACACACUCUCCACUUGGUCUCUACAGAAGGCCUUCUCCUUCACAGUUACCCAGAAUGGAGACACCACCAGACACUGAUCGGAACAGAGGAAAGUUGAGAGGAAGUAGAUAUGAUGUUGUCCCACCUGUAAAUAACAGACGAUCAACCCAUCAAACCCCAGAUUACGAUUCCUGGGGCGAAGAAUCAGAUGAGGAAAACGAGGAGGAGCACCAGCACUUCAUGCCUCUGCCUUAUCCCUACCCAAUGUAUGGGUACCCAGCAUACCAAGCCCCCUCUGGAAUGCACCCUCCGCCAGUGGUAUAUGGAAACCCCUUUCCAGUCUAUUAUCCACCUCCGCCUGUUUAUAGGGAGAGGGGGAAGAAAAGGGGAAAAGGCAAAGAGCCAGCCGAUAGGUUAGAAGUGCAUCAGACAUACCCUGCUGGGGGCAAGUCCAGAAACACUGCAGUACAAUUUUCAAUGUCAAACAGAAUAUCCAAAGAACCUAGAGUAUUUGAUCCCAGUAGAAAUAGUGUUCUAAAGAAAUACAAGUAUAUUUAUCCAAGGGAUUCCCCAUUCCUGCCAAUUAAUGAUGGAGGCUACAUAGAAAAGCGAUAUAGAAAUGAACAACCACGGGAUGAUCAUUCAAACUACUAUGCUGCUGUAGAUGUUCGAGAUGACAUUAUUGACGAUGUUGUGAAGUCAUUAACCAGAGAAGCUGUUCGCGGAGGUGUUGGUGAUAUGGUUAAUGAAUACAUGGGUUAUGACAAUGAUAUACAUCCAAAAGACCCUUUAGUUAGAUUCCUGGAUAACCUUGUCGAAGAUGCCAUCCGUGAUUCCACUGACGAGGUGGUACGAGACACGGUCAGAGAAAUGGCCAGUGACCACAUGAGAGUCAGUUCAGCAGCUGCAGUCGUGGAUGAGCUGGUCCUUGAUCAUUUGCAGGACAUUCAGAGGGAACUGGUAGAUGAUGUUGUUUUUGAAAUGGUCAUGGAAGAGUUCAUUCAAAAUUAUGUUAUUGAGCAAGAAUUGGAGGAUGAGCUUCCAAAGAUAGCCAAGGAAGUUUUGGAACACUAUGAUACAAAAAUUGAGAAAAAGGAAUUGAGAGAAGUGUCCAAAAAAGCUCAGGACAAACUUUUGGAAUCAGUUACUCUGGAAUAUCUUCUUUCCCUCAUAUCCAGACAAGGAAAGGUAUGGAAUGAAAGUGACCAUGCAAACAAAUACUUAGAUGACAUGAUAUUGAAUCUGCUGUUUGGUCAAUAUACCAAUGUUGUCGUUAAUCGUGAUAAAACAAUGACAAAUCAGCCCUUGAAAAAGCUACAUGAAAAAGUUGUCAGUGAUGUUGCUUUAGACCUAAUGCUGCAGCAGUUAUCAAGUUCUUUAGAUGAGGAUUUGGCCGACGUCGAUGAAUAUGAGCAUGGUGUGGAUGAUAAAAACGUUACCAUUAAGGGUAGUGUUGCUCAUUUGAAAAAUUCAUUGAACAAGAGUUGAGAGACUUGGGAAACCUCACUAAUGACACAAUUCUAAGGUGUUGUGAUUUAAAGUGUUUGAUCCACAGAAUGUUCUGAAGCUGAAAGAAAGACUUUCAGAGACCACUUUUUCACUGGUACUAAUGUGUAUUUUUAGUAUGUCCACUUCAGGAAAAAAUAACACAUGCCUGUGUAUCACAACAUUAAACUUUAAAUUAUAAUCUGCAUGAUAAUAAGUUACAAACAGUUUACUUCACAGUGUACACUUCUAAUAUGAUUUAAAUGAUGGCAUUGACCAAUAACUAGGCUUACAUCAGAGUUGAAGGUCAUUGUGAUAUUACCAAUGCUGAUAAUUCAUUCACCUUGGCCAGUGAUCUGUAUUUAAAAUUACAUGUACCAUAAUCACUUAUAUAUGGUGCUGACAAGCUUAUUGAUGAAUGAACUUCACCUGAUUUCUGCAUAGUUUUAUUUUCGGAGUAUGCAUCAUUUUACUCUAUUUAUACAUAUUAUAUUUAAUUUGCAUUUUUGGCUCUUUUGAGCUGAAUGUUCAGUGAGCUUAUGCUAUGGCCAUUUGUGUAGUGUGCAUAAACUUUUUGGAAUAUGGUAAAUUUUUCAAGAACCUUUGGCUAAUAUAUUUUUCAAAUUUUUCAUUACACAGAGUAUCCUUGGCUCAGGACGUUCAUUUAAGUAUGAAGUUUUAGUCAAGGGGAGAUUAUUAGGGAAUUAUAAGGAAAGUACAUGUAAUGGUGCUGAAAUGUCUUGAAACAAUGUUAAGAUUUUCACUAAACUUGUACAUAAAAUGAGGACGUAUAUGAGGAUAUAUAGAAUCAACCUAUAGUCUAAAGGGCAUAUUCUGAUUUUACAGCUACAUGUGUAUAUAAAUUCAUUUCCAAAUAAUAUAACUUAAUAUCUUGGAUGCUAAGAUGCCUUAAAGAUAUCGGCCUUGUUUUACAAAAGAACUCACAUUGUCAGUUGAUGCAUUUUAGGGUCUCACAGUGUGCUGAUCUAGCUAGGUCAGAAUGACCGACCUAUUUAAUUUAUGGCUAUUUAUAUUUAGAUAUUUUAUUAACCUAUUUUCAACACUAUUAGACAAAGGGUCACCAAACCAGGAGAACUGGUACAUCAUAUAAAAUAGGAGUGUGUCAAUCUAAAGUAGGUCACAAUGACACCCUGACACUGUGACAUUGAGGAUCAGCAAACCUUGUUGAUUGAUACAUCUUGAAUGUAUAAACUGAAAGUAGGUCACAGUGACUUUUUCAAUUUUUUUGCAAAUCAUUUUAAAAUGUAUGCAAGUGUGAACCUUUUUGAUAUUGCAUCUUGGGACUUUGAAGUACUAGUAUAUUAAAUCAAAAGUAAGUCACGGCGAUAAUAAAACCUUGUUGAUUGAUGCGUGUUUGGACUUUGGGUUGACACAAAUGAAAUGUACUUUAUAGUGGCAUUUUGACCAUUUAUUUUCAAAUCAUUUUAAUAUACACUGUACGUGUCCCAGGGUAUUCAAAUCUUGUUGUUAAUGCAUCUUGUAGUAUAGGGGAAGGGCUAGGUAAAAGUAGGUCAUGGUGAUGUACCUUUGGAAGUAUUUACUAUCAUCAUCAAAUCUUUAGACAGAUAACUAGGAUCAUCAAAUCUUGUUAAUUAUAUAAUUGAUCUGUGUGCCCCCCAGUGUUACAACCCAAAAAUAGGUCAUGAUGACCUACUGUUGAUUACUAAAUUGAAGUUUUGCAGGUCACAUUUUGUUUUUCAAAAUUAAAAAAAUAAGAUGUUGCUUAUAUUUAAAGUAUGGUACACAUCUUGCUAUUGAAAUAAUUGAUAUUCUUA